AAGGUUUUGGCUCAGACUAGACUCGGCUUGAGUUUGGCUCCAGAGAGUGGUGUGGGAUCGGCCCACCUUUGAGUCUCCUACAGCUGGACAAGUUCUACAAGCUCCCAAGCCGGCAGCUGGUCAUGGGGAGGCAAUGACAAGAAGGCCCUGAUCAUCCAGAGGUUCCGCAAGUUGAGGCAGAUGCUCAAGAUUGCUAACAAAGAAGAGGCGCGUGAUCCACCGAAGCCUGGCAUCAAUGCAGUGACAGCGGCUGGGCAGUUCAGCGAGGAGCAUGGCAGCUUCAGCAGCUGGAUCUUCACUGACCUGGUUUUAGCCUUUCACUGGGUGCUGAUUAUCCAGGCAGUGAUGCUGAUGGUCUUCCUGUGGCUCUUUCCGAUGAUCAAUGGGGGCUUGAGCGUGAAGAUCGGCAAGACGGUCAAGAUUGAAGACAAAGCCAUCCAGGCAUGGCUCCGAAAGUGCUAGGAUUUGCAGCACUUGGACUUGCCCCUGUGUUCCUCGCUCCAGGCAAAGUCAGUGGGGUGCCUCGCACCUCUCAGCCUCAAAGCAAUGCUGCGCAGGCUCCGCCAAGCAAUUCCUCCACUGUGGGCCUCGCUGCAGGAUCCACCGCCAUUCUGUCCCUAGCUGUUGCACGAAAGGGCAAGGCAACCAAGCUGACGAGGAAUUUCUUCGGAGGCUCAUCCACUACCACAAGCUUUGAUCCUGCGAAGCAGCUUGGGGUCCAGGAUCCGAUUGGCUUCUGGGACCCCUUGGGCUUAAGUGCUGACAAAGAUGAAGCAACCUUCAAACGUCGUCGAGCAGUGGAGAUCAAGCACGGACGUAUUGCCAUGUAUGCUACGAUGGGGUACAUCGUUCCAGAGUACUUCAAAUUUCCAGGCUAUUUGUCGCCUUCGCUGGGUUUGAAAUUCUCAGAUGUACCCAACGGGUUGGCGGCUCUAUCAAAGUUGCCAGUCCUUGGUGGAGCUCAAAUCAUUGCCUUUUGUGGGUUGAUUGAGACUACCGGCUUCUUCCAGGCCUCAUCUACAACAGAUGGCAGAGGUCCAAGAGAGGGGCAAUUCGCGAUGAAGGACUCUACCGAAGCUGAUGAGCCAGGGAACUACGGUGUUGGUUUUCCAACUUUCCUCGGUAAAGUUGAAGACUCAGAAGCACGAAAAAGCAAGCUGAGCGCAGAAUUGGCAAAUGGACGUUUGGCAAUGAUGGCCAUUAUUGGGAUGUUUUUCCAAGAUGGACUCACGGGUUCUGCUUGGGGAGAUUGGUCACUUUAUACAGCCUCACCUUUGCGUGCUGAAGCAGAAGUUGAAGAAGCAGCCAAGCCACCGCCGCCUCCUCCGUUUGAUCCACGUCUUGAAGUUGGGGUGCUACCUCCUUUGGACUACUUUGAUCCUGCAGGCUUUUGCAAAGUUGGCGAUGAGGACGGCUUCCGAAAUCUUAGAGCUGCUGAAAUCAAGCAUGGCCGCGUUGCCAUGAUGGCAGCCUUGGGCGCCUCCGUGCAGCACUAUGCCCAAUUUCCUGGUUUUGAAGAAGUCCCGACGGGUAUUGGAGCGGUAACAACAGCGCCGGGCACCUACGGUUUCGCGGCACUUGUGUUGGUCAGUGGAGUGUUGGAGUUGGCGCUUUGGACCGAGGAUCCCAACAAAGAGCCGGGAAACUUUGGAGAUCCUUUGAGCUUGGGCCAGUACGACAUUGACAUGAGGAACAAGGAGCUGAACAACGGACGAUUUGCCAUGUUUGCUAGCGUUGGCAUCAUUCUCGCAGAGCUGUACACAGGGAAGGACGGCAUUGAUCAGAUUGGCCUUGACACUCCGACUCUUUGAGCUCAAGUGCUUCCGUACUCGGCAGAGGCUUGUGAGCAAUGCAGCUCUUACCUCUGCCAUGCAUGCAUGUGAUUUUGUGCAGACAAUUUUCAUCAAUUUUCGCCAAGCAGGUAAAUCCUACCUGCUUGUUUGCCCAAUUAACAAAAGACAAUCGAUUUUCAUUUGCCAAACGGCCGAUAAAGGCGG